CCCAGGAAAUAGCAAUGCGGUGUUAGUUGACGGUAAACGGAGGCUUAUUUAUACAGGUUUAUUUUAUUAAUAUUAUUUGUUCUGGUUGAUAGUGUUUGUUGAAAUGGCGUCGCUGUUUAAGAAGAAGACAGUUGAGGAUGUGAUUAAAGAGCAGAAUAAGGAGCUGAGAGGAACACAGAGACAGAUCACACGAGAUCGAGCAGCACUGGAGAAACAGGAAAAACAGCUGGAAAUGGAGAUAAAAAAAAUGGCCAAAACGGGGAAUCGGGAGGCCUGCAAAAUCUUGGCCAAACAGCUGGUGCAGCUAAGGAAACAGAAGACCCGGACAUACGCUGUCAGCUCCAAAGUCACCUCCAUGUCCACUCAGACCAAACUCAUGAACUCACAGAUGAAGAUGGCAUCAGCCAUGGGCACCACUGCAAAGACGAUGCAGGCAGUCAAUAAGAAGAUGGAUCCUCAGAAGACGAUGCAGACGAUGCAGAAUUUCCAGAGGGAGAAUGCCAAAAUGGAGAUGUCGGAAGAAAUGAUCAAUGACACUCUCGAUGAGAUCUUUGAGGAUUCAGGUGAUGAGGAAGAUUCUCAGGACAUUGUAAACCAGGUGCUGGAUGAGAUUGGAAUUGAGAUCACAGGAAAGAUGGCCCACGCUCCCUCUGCUAGCAGAAACAAGCCGGGCGCUUCCGCCUCCGCCUCCAAAGCAGAUGGGAUAUCAGAUGAGGAUAUAGAGCGACAGCUAAGAGCCCUGGGAGUGGACUAACGCGAAUACAUACACGCGCUACACACUCCAGUACACUGAGAACACACUACUAGACUCUUGGCCUUGACAUUUGCAGUUACGCAGACAUGCCUACUCGGGGAUAAAGUGCCACGGGUGAAUGUUAUUCUGAUUUUGUGUCCAUGUACGAUUCCUGUAGCAUUUGUAAUUAGAAGAUCAGAGACUGCUUAAAGUUAUACACCCAAACCCCUCUAUCUGGAUGCAAUCCGCUCUGGAAAACCGUCGUAGUAGUAUGUUUUUCCAGAAAUUUUUAUUAUAUUUCCUAUAUAUUUUAUAGGAAAUGGACUUUCUAAAUACUGUAAAAAUAAAAUAUCUAUUAAAUACAGUUUGCAUAAUACUGUUGUUCUAAUAAUAAUCGUUAAACAAUCACUUUAAACUUCUUUUUCUUAAAGGCCUGGGAUGUUCAUGCUUUAUUAGAGUUUUUUUAUGUGUCUAAUAAAUGGGAGAGUAUUUAACAUGAGGUAGUAAUAGGUGAAUAUGCAUUUUGUGUUGUCUUUUCAAACAGAAUGCUAUGCUAUGCUAUGAUUAAUCUUACAUCGAAACAAUGAGGUGGAAACAUCUAGAAAACAAGAUAAAACUAUGGUUUUAUUUAUGUUUUAUUAGGUUCUAAUGUCAUGUUUUACACACGUUGGUACAUUCAUGACAGGACAGGUAGUUACUGGUUACACAAAACACAGUCACGGACAAUUUUGUAUCACCAAUUCACCUCACUCGCAUGUCUUUGGACUGUGGGAGGCACCCGGGGGAAACCCACGCAGACACGGGGGGUGUGUUUGAAAACCUAGUGAGCUCUCUACAUAGACGACAUUUUACGUCAUCCUGGGCGCGCUCCGAAGAAGAAAUCUGAACUUUAUUUUGAAAAAAUAACGAGGGAGCAUCCGAUGAUGCAGUAGCAGUGACGCCAAUCCCAGCAUUCAGUGCGGCACAACAUUUCUCACAAAAAAACGGAGUUCUUUUCAAACGUAAAUAAAUAAUUAUUGAUUUUUAAUUUGUAUAAA